AUGGUGGGAGCCUUCUGCGUGCUGCUGGCAAGCCUUGCUGUUGCUGGCGCGGACAUCUGCGAGACGGAUGAUGCAAGCAUGCUGAUGACGAACAGCCUCGAUCCCGGGCCCAGCCUGUCCGAGUCGAGCGCCAGGCAGCAUGCGGGCACCGGAGUCUUUGUCAUGCUGCCAUUGGAUCUUUUCGACGAGGCCUUCCGCUUGAAGAACCCGGAGCAGCUAAAGCACUGGUUCGCUCAACUCGCCAAGGCGCAAGUCACAGGACUGAUGGUGGAUUGUUGGUGGGGUCUGACAGAGCCGGCACCCGGGCAGUACGAUUUUACAGGCUACAGGGAGCUGGUGGACUUGGUCAAGGAGUUUGGGUUCAAGCUGCAAGUCGUCACAUCUUUUCAUGCUCAAGGCACCAGCAUCCCAUUGCCAUCCUGGCUCCUAUCAACUCGAGACGUAUGGUACAAAGAUGCCAAUGGCUCGGAAACCUUCAGCUACAUUUCUUUGUGGGCUGAUCAUGUGGAGAUUCAUGGCCGGACUCCGGUUAAGAUGUACAGAGACUGGAUGCAGCACUUCCGCACUUUUUUUGCAAGUGAUCUGGGAGCGACCAUCACCGAGAUGAUGAUUGGCCUCGGCACGGACGGUGAGCUGAAAUACCCUUCUUACGAGGGCUCUGACGGCAGCAGUUCGGAAUCACGGGGGAAGAGACUACACAGACGGCCGCCGGACUGGGGCCAACCCCCACCUCCGAGUGAUACUGGGAACUACAACAGCGUUUGGAACACUACACGCUUCUUUACGGAUGGCUACAGAUUGAACUCAUGGAACACCGCCGGCAUGCCAAGACGGUUCUACGAGCAGCUCGCGACGUGUUUCGUCAUGCAGUGGAUCUUUCUGCCAAAGUUGCAGGAGCCAAGGCCGCAUUUAUCAUCUGGUUUAAGAGACAGGGCACAUACAGACAAGAACCUUGCAUCAGGCGUUCACUGGAUGUACAAAACACCAUCUCACGCGGCCGAGCUGACAGCUGGCUACUACAACGCCAACAACAAUCAGCCGUAUUCUCGCCUUGCUCGACUAUUCAAGAGCUUCGACGUGUACUUUGACUUCACCUGCAUGGAGAUGACAGAUGCCUCCCAACCAACCGAUGCAUUCUCCGGGCCACAAGAGCUCGUCUUUCAGGUUAUCACAGCCACAGCCUCAGAUGAUAGCAUGAGCAGAGUCCAUAUGCGGCAGCACAUUUGA